AGCGGCCUGUUGCGUUACAAAUGUUUUUGGGAGGAAGGAGGGUUUAGAAUAGUGUACUUAAUAUCUGUCAUUUAAUCGAAAUGCCUUUUCCGGCAAGUGGUGGCGGUGCUUACAUGCGUUUUACCCCCAAAAUUAUAAGGUUUCAACGGCAUGGAUGCACAAAUAGACCGUUCUUUCAUAUAGUUGUAAUGGAAAAAAGGUUUGAACAGCACAGUCAAGUUAUAGAACAACUUGGAACAUAUGAUCAUCUUACUAACCAGCAUAAUGAAAGACUGGUCGCUUUGAAUUUUGAGAGAAUAAGGUAUUGGCUUGGUAGGGGAGCUCUUACAUCAGAUCCUGUCGCAGAACUCUUAGGCCUUUGUGGUUUCUUUCCUAUUCACCCAAGAUCCUACAUGUAUGGGUGGAGGAGUCGCAGGGCUGCAAUGGAAGCAGCUAAAUCUGAGGAACAGAAAAAGGAAUAGUCAUACAGAACACUUUGUUAACAUCAGGUGAAAACCUCUAUAGUGUACCAGACAUGAAAUUGAAUGGCACAUGGCUGCUUAUGUUAUGUGGGGAUGAAGGCAAGCUGGGUUGUUGUGCCAUCACAAACAAAAGGGACUCCUCCUGGAAUUGUAAUAUUUUCUGAGAUAUGCUGCCAUGCAGUCCAGUAGGAGUUAACUGAUGUUUCACAGAAACAUAUGGCCUCCAUAUUAAGGGUCAAAGAACAAUCCAAGCAAGCAGUGAACAGAGUAUUCAGUGCCAAUGUAUAGAGUGAAUGUACAUUAUGUGACCUAUGUUUACAUUACAUAAAAUCUCAUUUUCUCUGCAGUUAA